UCGGUUUUACCGCACCACCGUAAUAGCUGCUGUCCGAACGCCGCGUAGUGAGCACGCACACCGUCUCGAGUCGGACACACGUUACAUCGUUUGCUCGUGUAUUUCUUGUUGCGUUAUUUUAUUUGAUUUUUUUUCAAUUAAUUUUAUUUAAUUUUUUUUUUACGUGCGUUCAUGAAUUUAUAUAGUAAUUUACAUUUAUUGAAAAGCGACUAUUUGCUUCGAUUGUGCGAUUAGAUCUAACGAAACUGUUCAAAAUACAAUUGCUGUACGUAUGGUCUCAUGCGGUGAACGGUUCGACACAAUACAACGAUGGUAGUACGGUUAUGGUUGGUUUUUUUAAUGGUCGAGCUGCUGUUGACGGCCAAUUCGAUGGAUAUGAUGGACGACGAGGACGAUUUGCAGAUGGAGGAUCAACUGGCGGAUCAGCUAGCCGAUCGGCUACCGCAAGGAGCGAUACCAAGAAAGACACCCGAAAGUUUGGUGCUCAUGCAAGGUGACAUGACGUAUACGGGAACCAUUACCAAAACCAAAAAAGAAAUUUACAUUUUGAUACCUCAAGACACGGAUAAGAGCCUAACUAUUACCGUAUCGCCGUGCGGCUCUACGCUAAACUGGUACCUAACAUUCGUAAAGGAACCGCGAACAAAAUUGAACGGACCAAAAACCGGACCAUUAUUGGCUGAGUACACCGGCGUAUCAAUACCCACGACCUAUUUUCGACCUAAGGCUAUUCCUGGCCUAUACUUUAUAACGGCUCAAGCUGUAAAUGACGAUUUACAAGUCAAGGUUGAUUUAUCUUUUGGGAAAAAAUCUCCCGUAGAGCAAAUUUGGCCGAGAUGUAUUAAAAUAAAAAGAGAAGGUGAAAAAGUUGCGCUCAGAUGGAACUUAAGCCCGGUGGAUCAUCACCUAAUGGAGUAUUAUUUAGUUAUCAGUACAUCGAAAAUUUAUUCCACGUUGUGUGAAGCCGAGGGCAGAUUGGCAGACAAACAAUUGAAUUCGUCCAUUGAAAACGAAGACUCGCCUCUAAACGAACGAUUGGAGAUACACUACUUAAAAGGCAACACACACUAUACUUUGAAUAAUCUGGUCAACGAUAAGACAUACUACUUUACGGUGUUUGCCGUCAACGGGUCUCGCAUGUCACCAACGCAACACGCAAACGCUACAUAUACAUUUCAAAGGCCAAGACCACUCGGGCUAAAGGAUGCCAAACCCGAAAUAGUCAAUCUGAGAGCUUUGAGCGGAAGAGCAUCCUUCAGGUACAAGGUAGGUCGUAAAACAAUGGCUGAUGGCGGUGACCCUAGUACGUUAUAUUGGUACGUGAUGUCGUGUAACGGGGUCGUGGAUGUAGAAAUCAGACAUAAAAAAGUAUUGCUGCUGAAGAAACGAGUAUUUGGCUACGAAAAAUUAAUUUUAAACAACAUUAAACGUGGAGAGAGAUACGUCUUAAAAGUGGAAACGGUUUCCGUGGAUGAAACUCAACGCGUCAGAACCAUUGAGGUGAUGGCAACAGUUCGACAGAAAAUGUUUCCUAUGCCUGAUAUGCCUGCAGACUUAAGCUUAAUAAAAUACGGUAAACGCAAUGACUGUCAAUCGGUAACAAUUGGAUGGCUGCCUGCUAAAUCUGACAGAAGUGUAUCGUAUUGCGUUUAUGUACAAGAAUACAAUAACAAUGUAGAAUUUUCGACGAAACCAGAUCAAUGCACCAUCUCAAACCGUUCAAUGGUUAGAAGAAACAAUAAUUCCAAUAUCAAAAAGAAGUGUUAUUUCGGUGGCAAUAAGAAACCAGUCAUUGAAAAAAUAUUAAAGCUGAAACCGUCGUUGACCUAUACCAUUCAAGUGACCGUUACCAAACUCAAAGGUAGAACAUUAUCGUACGACCGACUAAAAGUGGAUACAAACACCUGUGGGCUCAACUAAAACUUUAAACGACUGUGGUUUAUUAAAAAACCAACAUAACCCAACUGUUCCAUUCAUCGACAAAUGCCUACGCUAAUUGUUGAGACUGUCGUCUUCUCCGUUCUGUAAUCCUUCAUAGUAUUAUUACGUUUAAAUACUUUAUCUUAUGAUCAUUUUUUGUACAUUUUUAUUAUUGUUACUAUUAGUUUUUAUUAUUAUUAUUAUUAUUAUUAUUAUUAUUAUUAUUAUUAUUGCUUGCCGUUACUAAAAAUUAUGUUGUAAAACAUUUUCAAUAGGAGUGAGAAACGCCCCGAUUGUUAUUCUAUACCAUUAUAAUGUUUUUAUUAUUGUACAAAAGACAGGACAUCUGUUUUGUUGGGAUAACAUACGUGCACUGAAAAGUGAUUAAAUAGGUAGCUAUAAUUUAUCAUCAAACAUUCUGAAACAAGAAUAAUAGGAUAGUUUAAAAGGUAUACUUAUUAAAAUGUGUCAAUAUGCGGUGUUGAUGGGUACUGCAUAUUAUGUACCUAUAUUAAUGCCGCUUUGUACAACCUACCGUGUAUCACGCUGACAGUUUAAUCUUGUCAGGAAGGGGUCUGUGGAAUUCGAGAUCAUUAAAUUUGGAUUAUUGUCGAAUGAACCCCAAAUAUGACCUAUGUUAGGUCAGCUAUUUACAUCAUAUUAAUGGUUGAAUCAGUUCUUAGGAUUACUUAUAAUCAAUUUACUACUGUAAAAAGAGACAGAUAACUUAUUAUAAAUUGUAAUUAUAUGUUUUGCUUUACAAUUAUUACACAUUUUUAUGUACAAUUAUUUAUGAACAUGUUGUUUAUUUAUUAAUUAUUAGACUUCACUUUUUA